UUUUGCUCCUUGUACACGCUCCAAUUCCUUCCUUGGAUUUCUGAAACAGCUUGUGAUUCUGUCUUCUGUCUUGUAUAUUAUAGGCAACCCGGGCUUUCCUCUCUCUCACCCACAAAAACCCUAAUGCCCAUUUUAUUUUCUGAGCCGAACCCUCGUUGAAAAUUUGUCUCUCUCUUUGCCUUUGGAAUAGCUGAUAAUGAUGGUGGUGAUGAUGAUGAUGAUGAAAUCAUGGGACCCUGAUGACUUUUCUCUUUGCUUUCAAUGACUUUGCCUUUGAAUCCCACAAAAAAAGCUUCUUUUUUUUCCACCGACUAUUUGGUCAUUAUUCCAUUUGUAUAACGUUCAAGUCAAUCUUUUCGUCCCUCUCUCUAUAUGUUUGGGGCUUUUGGGUUUCUGGGUUUUGUAUUCGUGCUUGUUCUUGGUGGUCAUUAUAAAAUUUUAUGUGGUUCGGAUUGUACUUGAAGUUUUGUGUGCAUUUUUUAAAAUUUUAAAUUCUGGGUCGUCGGUCUUGGUCGUAGAAUGGUGGGAAUUGAGUCGCUUUCUUAGAGUUUACUUUUGUUGAUAGUUAUAAAAAUGUAUUAAUAAAAAAAGGUGGUUGGCGAUGAGGAAAUCUGGGGUUCUGGAACUAGAAAGGGCUAGUUUUGUUUUUUUUUUCCUAGGUAAUAUUGAUUAGAGCGCUCUUCUUUCUUACCAUUUAUUUUUUUUUCCAUAUUUGUGGGCUUUUUCCAAAUAUUGAUUUUUGGGUUGUCAGGUCAAUAUUGGAUUAGGAAUUGGGUUGUUGUGAUUGGGUUUCAAUUGGGUUGUUUUUUCCCCUAUUUUAUUCAUCUGGAAAACAUUUGUUGCUGAAAAAUCUACUUUUGGUAGGAGGAGGGUUAGCAAAUUUUGCUUUUGUGAGCUUUCUCGUUUUGAUGAUGAUGAGAAUUUUAGAAUUUAUUUUGAUUAUGACUUCUUAAGAUAGCACGUACAUAAAAUUUAUCUAGGUUUGUCCUAUUUCUUUAUUUUUCUUUGGAAUUUAAGGCUUCUUAUUGGGUAGCUGAGGUAUCCAAUUUGGUUUAUUUAUGAUGGAUUUGAGGUCUGAGGAUGUUGGAGGUGUUAAGACACAAAAGAAGGUGGGCAAUCAAGAAGAGAAUUCAAAAGUAAAGGGUACGGGAAGUGUUAGUAGUAAAGGUAUGAUGAUCCGAGCAGAUAAAAUUGAUUUGAAAAGCUUGGAUAUGCAGCUGGAGAAGCACCUGAACCGGGUUUGGUCGAACAACAUCGACAUCCAAAGGUCCAAAGAAGACUGGGAGAUUGAUUUAUCUAAAUUGGAUAUCAGAUAUAAUAUAGCUGAUGGGACCUAUGGCACUGUAUACAGGGGUACUUAUGACAGCCAAGAUGUUGCAGUGAAGCUGUUGGACUGGGGGGAGGAUGGUAUGGCCACAUCUGCUGAAACUGCUGCUCUGCGGGCAUCAUUUCGCCAAGAGGUUGCUGUUUGGCACAAGCUUGACCAUCCUAACGUUACAAAAUUUGUUGGCGCUUCAAUGGGAACUUCAAAUCUUAAGAUACCUUCUAAAAACCCUUCAAUUGAUGGUCACAAUUCCCUUCCUUCUAGGGCAUGUUGUGUAGUUGUGGAGUAUCUCCCUGGUGGGACACUAAAAAAGUUCUUGAUAAGAAAUAAGCGAAAGAAACUUGUCUUUAAGGUUGUGAUACAACUUGCUUUGGACCUCUCUAGAGGUCUUAGCUAUCUACACUCAAAGAGUAUUGUACAUCGUGAUGUAAAGACAGAAAAUAUGUUGCUCAAUGCUCAAAGAACUCUAAAAAUUGCUGAUUUUGGUGUUGCCCGUGUUGAAGCUCAGAAUCCGAGGGACAUGACUGGUGAAACCGGUACCCUUGGAUACAUGGCCCCAGAGGUUCUUGAUGGUAAACCUUAUAAUAGAAGAUGUGACGUGUACAGCUUUGGCAUAUGCUUAUGGGAAAUUUAUUGCUGUGAUAUGCCCUACCCAGAUCUUAGCUUCGCCGAUGUGUCAUCUGCGGUUGUUCGACAGAACUUGCGCCCAGAAAUUCCCAGAUGUUGUCCAAGUUCUAUAGCAAAUAUCAUGCGCAAAUGCUGGGAUGCAAAUCCGGAUAAACGUCCAGAAAUGGAUGAGGUGGUGCGAAUGUUAGAAGGAAUUGAUACAAGCAAAGGAGGAGGGAUGAUACCAGAAGACCAAGCGCCGAGCUGCUUCUGUUUUUCCCCUGCUCGUGGUCCCUGAUCAUUUUUGCACUUGCGUGCUUUGUUGAAUUAGUUGUGCCAGGAAAAACGAAGAAAUUGGUGGAGCUGUUCGUUCAUUUGAUUUUUAGGUCUGCAAAAUUGUUUUGGUCACUGAGGUUUAUGGGAAUUUAUAUUAAAUUGUAUUCCAAAGUGAUUUGUGUUUGUGCUAUGGGUUUGGUAUUGGGGAUAGAGUCAUGCUAUACCUAUAAUGGUUGUCACUCAUUACUCUUGAGUCUUGAUGUUGGAAGUAACAGAGAGCUUAGGCAAUCCCUGCCUGGGAAAUCAACUUUGUACAGACACAAGGAAUAAAUAUAUUUAGAUAUUAUGAUAUU